AUGUCUGAUGAUGAGGAUGAAGAUGAGCAGCCUCAAAACACACGGCCUUAUAUGGCGCUCCUCCAAGGAUUUAAGGAGUCUUCAGAGCCAAGUGCCAAAAGACGGAAGCUCGAGAGCGGCAGACCAGAAGCGACCGCCAAGGCCGAGUCUGAGUCCGAGUCUGAGUCUGAAGCUGGAUCUGGAUCCGAGUCUGAAUCUGAUGGCGAUGAGGCCGAGGAGGAGGACAAAGAUGUUGACAGGGUCGAGGAGGCUGAAGACCCAAUGGCUGAUUUGGAAGAGGAAGCGGAGCAGAGCGACGAUGAAGACGACGUCGAUGCCUCAGAUCCGUUCGACAGCCACUUCGCUACCCCUGACGAAGCUGUGACGGCGAAGAGAGUCAAGGCGAUCCAGAAGAAUGACUGGACUUUCAAGCGAACAAUGUCCAAGGUUUCAAAGGCUGUGGUGACAUACCCUCGAGCGCAAGGAACGGACGCCCCGACGAUCCCAUCACCGAUAUCCGGCUUGGAUAGCCUCAAGCUCAAGCAAAAAUUGCGGGAGAUCGCCUCGAAGAAGAUUGGCUCACUCGAUACGCUGCAACGAGCGAUUGCUCCGACGAUAUUCAAUUACAACGACGUGUUGUAUGAUAACCGAAACACUCAGAACUCCAACGGCUUACGGCAGCUUGUAUGCUUACACGCCGUCAACCACGUCUUCAAAGUCAUCAAGAACAACUACAAACUCUCGAGAGAAGAGAAUGCCGAUCUCGAGCUCAGGGACCAGGGCUUCACGCGCCCCAAGAUCCUAUUCCUACUGCCAACAAGACAAUCUUGCCUAACGAUUGCAAACACAAUCGAGGACAUUUGCGCGCCGGACCAGCGGGAAAACAGAAAGCGCUUCGACGAUGCGUACACUGAUGAGGACGUCAAAUUCGGAGACGACAAGCCCGCCGACUUCCGCGACCUUUUCGAGGGCAACGACGACGACAUGUUCCGGAUCGGUAUGAAGUUCACGCGCAAGACCGUCAAGUACUUUUCACAAUUCUACAACUCAGACAUCCUGCUUGCCAGUCCCCUGGGCCUGCGCAUGGCCAUCGGCUCUGACGAAGACAAGAAGAAGAUGGACUACGACUUUCUCAGCUCCAUUGAGAUGGUCGUCGUUGACCAGGCUGACGCCCAGCUCAUGCAGAACUGGGAGCACGUCGAGUACAUUUUCGAGCACAUGAACCUCCAGCCAAAGGACGCCCACGGCUGCGACUUUGGCCGCGUGCGCAGCUGGUACCUUGACGACCAGGCGAAAUAUUUCCGCCAAACCAUCGUCCUCUCCGGUUUCAACACGCCCGAGCUCACCGAGCUCUUCCGCACGCAGUGCCACAAUUGGGCCGGCAAGGUCCGCUUCCAGGCCGACUACCCGGGCGUCCUCACGCAGCUAGGCAUCAAGGCCCGCCAGACCUUUUCCCGCUUCGAGUGCCGCUCCCUCGAAAAGGAGCCCGACGCGCGCUUCGACUACUUCGUCUCGGCCAUCCUCCCCUCCCUCAUCAAGCGCGCGAGGGACACCUCGGGCACCCUCAUCUUCAUCCCCUCGUACCUCGACUUCGUCCGCGUGCGCAACUACUUCUCCGCCAACCCGGCCGUCGCCGCCCUUUCCUUUGGCACAAUCUCCGAGUACGCCGACGUCCCCGAGGCCUCGCGCGCCCGCUCCCACUUCAUGACGGGCCGGCACAAGGUGCUCCUCUACACGGAGCGAGCGCACCACUUCCGGCGGACGCCGAUCCGCGGCGUCCAGCGCGUCAUCAUGUACGGCCUGCCCGACAACCCAAUUUUUUACCGCGAGAUCGCGGGAGACUACCUCGCGCGCAGCGAGCAGGAUAUGAGAAUCGAGCCUGGACAAGGUACCGUGCGCAUCAUGUUCUCAAAGUACGAUGUCAUGAAGCUGGAGCGCGUGGUCGGCACGCAGCGCGUAGGCAAGAUGAUCCAGGAGAAGGGCGAUACCUUUGAUUUUGUGUAA